UAGCUCGGGUAGACGUGGCUGUCCCCGGUUUGUGGUGUAAGCUGCUACGGGCGGGGUGUGAGGCGGGGAUGGAGGUCUAUAAGCCGCCUGCUAUGCUCCGCUGGCGGUAAUGCACAGGCUGGGCCGGCUUCACAUCCAGCGGCUGCUGUGCCUGAUGGGCCGGAGGCCGGAGCUGCUGUGCGGGGCCCUGGCGCUCAGCUGCGCCCUCAUCGUGGCGCUCAGGUUCACCUGCAGCCGAGCUAAGGACGUUGUCAUGCCAGCAAGGCCCCCCAUGCAUUUCUUCUCCAGCCAGUCCCCCGUGGUGGAUCUUUUCCGAGGGCAGAUUGAUUAUGCAGAAUACAUUCGUCAGGACUCGGAGAUAACUAUGUUCUUCCUGUAUGCGCCGUGGUGCGGCCAGUCUUUAGCUGCAAGGGCUGAAAUAGAGAAAGUGGCUAACAAGCUGGCUGACCAGGUACUGUUUGUUGCUGUCAACUGCUGGUGGCAGCACGGAAAGUGCAGGAAACAGAAAAGUUUCUUCUAUUUCCCAGUGAUUAACUUGUACCAUAAGAGCUUCGGACCCAUUGAGUACAAAGGUCCUAUGACAGCCGGGUACAUUGAGAAGUUUGUUCGAAGAGUGAUGAGCCCCCUUUUGUACAUUCCAUCUCUGCCUGUGCUUCAGGGUUUCCUGUCACAUUAUGAGCCUGCUGUUCUUGGUUACUUUGAAUUCAACAGCUCUCCUCAGCCCCCGGGCUACCUGACGUUCUUCAGCUCUGCGCUGCACUCCCUGCAGAAAGAUUACUUGGCAACAAUCCGCUUCGGAGUAAUCACUGAUGGAAAACUUGCAAAAGAAAUCUCACUCACCAGCCCAGGAAGUGUUUACUUGCACAGAAACCUCAAUUCUUCUUUAGUCUAUCCAGAGGAAGAAAUGAACUUUACUGCUGUGGGCAUUUGUAAGUGGGCUCUAGACAACCGGGAAACCUUGCUCCCCUGGUUGAGGCCUCAUGGAGGCAAAAGUCUUCUGCUGAACAACGAGCUAAAGAAAGGACCUGCUCUCUUCCUGUUCUUACCCUUCAACCCAUUAGCUGAGCAUCAGCCACUCCUGGACGAGAUUACAGAAAUGACCUUCAGUUACAAGAACUGCACACAAAGUGUAUUUGUUCAGCACGGUCAGGAGCAGAAUUUUAUUAAGGCCGCAUUCUCACCAGACACAAGUUUUUCCCACUCACAGACUUACAAGGUCUUAUCGUGUUGUAAUACCGUGGUCCUUCCCCAGUGGCACUUUAUCUCCAGGGUCCAUAAUGUGUGUGAGCUGUGCAUCAACCAGAGUGCUGGCGUCCGACCGAUCAAGGUUAGCGCUCCGCAGUGCAACUUCCUCGACAUACAGGCUGCGUUAGAUUCCUUCUACCUCAAAGAGCAAUUCUUUCUUGGUUUUAUUUCUACAGCAAGAGAGUGCAACAAUUUUCUAAGCUUCUACAGCCCCUUUAGCCAUUACACUGCGUGCUGUCAGACCGUAAGGAGAGGACUGAUGACUUCAGACUUUGUACUUACCUCCCACAGAGAGGACUCGGAGCACUUAAUACCUCACAUUGAGGAGAAUAUACUUGUAAGUCCCAGCAAUCCUGUGAGCACAGACAGUAUUAAUGGUCUCAGGUGUAGGACCAAUAAAACUCUAAAUCUUUAUCUUUUGGAUUCAAACCUGUCCUGGACUUAUGCAGAGCGGCUGGGGGCGUCGGGGGCUGCUUGGCACAAGGAAUUUGCUGCCAUUGUGGAUGUGAAAGCAGAAACCCAUUAUGUUCUAGAUCAGCAUCAGCCUCUCAUCAGACCCACUCUAGAGGCUUUUAUCCAAAACUUCAGCAAACUGUACAGUCCCCUACAAAGGCACCUUACAGGCGACUCUGUGCCACAUGAAUCCCAGUAUCAUCUCAUUACAGAAGUAACAACAAGUACAUUUAAUCGCAUUGUUCUGGGAAGCAAAAAGGAUGUUCUGCUGCUGUACUACACGAUCUGGUGCGGCUUCUGCGCGGCUUUAAAUCACAUUUUCAUCCGUGUCGCUCAGCUUCUGGCUACAGACAGCCUUAUUAUCGCAAGGGUUAACAUCGCUCGCAAUGACCUUCCCUGGGAGUUCAUGGUAGAUCGUAUUCCCACAAUACUGUUCUUUCCUCUGGACAGGAAAGACAAUAGUGUUAAGUACCCAGAAGAUCAGCCAAUCACGCUUGCCAAGCUCUUAAAAUUCAUCCUAAAGCACGCAACACUGCCUUCUACUGAUCUGCCACCGUCCUGCCCCAAACAUUACCGACAAUAUACAGAAAAUCAUGUGUCCUACAUGGAGCAGGAAAUCUUAAGGCUUCGGGCUGAAAUUGAGGUUCUACACAAAGCCCAGGAUCAGCUGGCAGGAUAUAUUUCUGAGGUAAGGAAAGAUAAACAGGAUCUGAAGGUGCAGAAGCAGAUGUUAGCGCAACACAACAAUGCCCUAGAGAUACACAAAGGGCAGCUGCAAAUGUUGUACGAACAAAAGGUAAAAGAGGUGGGAGCACUGGCAGAUAAACUGAAGGAGUUGGCUGCUGCGUCUGAACAACUCCUUACAGAGAACACGCUUCUCAAACUUAUUAUGGCAUCACUGGAGGCAAAACACAAGAACUCGGAGACUGAAGAGGUUAAUCACCUACAGGAUGGAAUCCAGACGAGUCUGGAUACCGCAGACAUUGAGGGAAUAUCUGAUUCUUCCACCACAGAGGGCACAAUGACGUUGAAACAGACAAAAGACAACAAAACAGACUGAUUAUUAUUUUUUUUUAAUUUGUUAGAUUUUGGAAAUUAUUUAUGCAGAUUUUUACACUAACUGUAAAUAAAGACAUUUUCAAAUCUUUAUUUUUAAACAAUGUUAUGUGCAAUGAUCGGAUUGCAACCUAUUUAUAAUUCUGUUGGUUUGUAAGACAUUGAAGAAGAGUAAUAAUAAUGACGUUUUGUCUGCUGAUCGGCCAUUGGUGAGAGAGGUUUUAUUACCUAACAAACACUGUAAAUCGCUAAUGAAAAUUGUGUAAAAUUGUGUAAUAAAAAUAUUUUUGAGGUAUA